ACAAUGACGUCCUCUCUUGGUGACGUGUCAGAUUGUUUACAGAGAGCUGCAGCUGCACGGACAUGGCUGUGGAUAUUACUUUACUCUUCAAAGCCAGUGUCAAGACAGUAAAAACCAGAAACAAGGCGAUAGGAAUAGGCUUUGACUCAACCAAAGAUGAAAUUUUCAAGCGGAGCAGACCGAAGAGCGGCUUCUCUCCGAAGGCGAAGGAAGUGAUCACGAACAUCACCAAGCUCAAAGACUUUCUGCUACAACACAGGAAAGAUUAUGUGAGCGCCGGAAGUCUCAUCUCGUCAGAUCUCACCCGUAUGACUGACAGUGAACGUGAUCAGAUCGACCAGGAUGCUCAGAUCUUCAUGAGGACGUGCUCCGAAGCCAUCAAGCAGCUACGCAAUGAAGCAGAGAAGAAGGUGACAUCAGCCCAGAUAAAGGAACACAGAGGGGCAGUGCUGGACCUCAUUGAAAUGUAUCUGAAAGGAGUGUGUAAGCUGUAUUCUGAGCAGAGAGCAAUCAGAGUCAAGAGAAUGGUGGACAAGAAGAGACUGUCCAGACUGGCACCAGAACAAGAAUACUUCACUCGGGUGGAGAAAACGCAAGAGGUGGAGCCCACGGAGGAGAAAGCUGUCAAAGAAGAAAGUUCUGAGAAGAAUGUGUCAGAGGUCCUGGACAACACCGUGGAACACCUGUGGGAGGAGGGCCGAAUGGAGGACGAGCUCUCUCCUGAGGAGAUCCAGAUGUUUGAGCAGGAAAACCAGCGGCUGGUGAGUGAGAUGAACAGCCUGGUGGAUGAAGUGAGGCAAAUCGAAGGGAAGGUGGUGGAGAUCUCUCGACUUCAGGAGAUCUUUGCUGAGAAAGUCCUGCAACAAGAAACGGAGAUAGACAGUAUUCAUCAGCUGGUUGUGGGUGCUACAGAGAACGUGAAAGAGGGCAAUGAGGACAUACGUGAGGCAAUCAAAAACAACGCUGGCUUCCGGGUAUGGAUCCUCUUCUUCCUCGUCAUGUGCUCCUUCUCUCUCCUCUUCCUGGACUGGUAUGACAGCUAACACAGCUGCCAGCAUGGACUCUAUACAACAGGAAACUGCCUGGCACUGGCACAUUAAUAAGUGACGACAGCACUGAGACUGAAUGUACAUUUUCCCAUGCUGGACCCAGUGGACAAGUUGUUCUUCAUGAAGAUUCUGGAUUCAAGUGGAGAUGGAAGUUUGUUCCUCCCUGAUAUUAACAAUCUGUCAAUCUUUGUUCGGUGCUUUUAGGGCAGCUUCGGUGUUUAAAAGCACUUCUGUGGAGGCGAGCUUUGUAGGGAGCACUGUAUCCACUUUAAGUGUGUGUAUGCUUGGACAGUCUGUCUUUCUCUACCACUAAAAGGAGUGAUAAUUGUUUGAUUGGCUGCAACUAUUCAUGUCUAACUGACUGAAAAAACUGUUUUUGGUUUCUGCUGAUCUCAUUUGGAACCAACUUUAAUGCACCAGAGGGUACUGUGUAGAUUUACAUCUUGUCCUUUCAGUCUCAUGUAUUUAAACAAAUUACAAACUCAUGUCCCUAAAUGACAUAUAAGUUAUAAUUCACUGUCAUUGCUCUCCAGACAUUUAUUUGACAUCUAUCACAGCACUGUACUGACACACCACUCACAUUCUAGUAAAACUAAGCAAUAUUCUUAAUUAAA